UAGCGGUAGCAGCGGCCGCGGAGGUGGCGUAGGGGACUGUUUUCCGUCCGAGCCCGGAGCGGAGCGGCGUCUGACUGAGGCCGGCAGCAAGCGGCCCCCGCGCUCCCUCCCGCCCUGCUCCGCGCCCUCCCCGCCGCCGCCACCGCCCGCUUCCAACCGCCGCACCCGGGGAACAGCCGCGGCCCACGGGGCCGGAACCAGGCCUGCGUCCGGACGGCAGCCGGAGCCGGAGCGAGAGCCGGGGCCUCGGCGUCCCCGCCCUCUCCGCGCCGCGGCCAGCGUCUGCCGGGCCCGCGCGCGUCGCGCCAUGGACUCGGACGAGGGCUACAACUACGAGUUCGACGAGGACGAGGAGUGCAGCGAGGAGGACAGCGGCGCCGAGGAGGAGGAGGACGACGACGAGGACGAGCCGGACGAUGAUAACCUGGAUCUGGGCGAGGUGGAGCUGGUGGAGCCCGGGCUGGGCGUCGGCGGGGAGCGGGACGGACUGCUGUGCGGGGAGACUGGCGGCGGCGGCGGCAGCGCUCUGGGUCCCGGAGGCGGCGGCGGCGGUGGCGGUGGCGGCGGCGGCCCGGGACACGAGCAGGAGGAGGAUUACCGCUACGAGGUGCUCACGGCCGAACAGAUCCUGCAGCACAUGGUGGAAUGUAUCCGGGAGGUCAACGAGGUCAUCCAGAAUCCAGCAACUAUCACGAGAAUACUCCUUAGCCACUUCAAUUGGGAUAAAGAGAAGCUAAUGGAAAGGUACUUUGAUGGAAACCUGGAGAAGCUCUUUGCUGAGUGUCAUGUAAUUAAUCCAAGUAAAAAGUCUCGAACUCGCCAGAUGAAUACAAGGUCAUCAGCACAGGAUAUGCCUUGUCAGAUCUGCUACUUGAACUACCCUAACUCGUAUUUUACUGGCCUUGAAUGUGGACAUAAGUUUUGUAUGCAGUGCUGGAGUGAAUAUUUAACUACCAAAAUAAUGGAGGAAGGCAUGGGGCAGACUAUUUCGUGUCCUGCGCAUGGUUGUGAUAUCUUAGUGGAUGACAACACAGUUAUGCGCCUGAUCACAGAUUCAAAAGUUAAAUUAAAAUAUCAACAUUUAAUAACAAAUAGCUUUGUAGAGUGCAACCGACUGUUAAAGUGGUGUCCUGCCCCAGAUUGCCACCAUGUUGUUAAAGUCCAGUAUCCUGAUGCAAAACCAGUUCGCUGCAAAUGUGGCCGCCAGUUUUGCUUUAACUGUGGCGAAAAUUGGCAUGAUCCAGUUAAAUGUAAGUGGUUGAAGAAGUGGAUUAAAAAGUGUGAUGAUGACAGUGAAACUUCUAAUUGGAUUGCAGCUAACACAAAGGAAUGUCCCAAAUGCCAUGUCACAAUUGAGAAGGAUGGCGGUUGUAAUCACAUGGUCUGUCGUAACCAGAACUGUAAAGCAGAAUUUUGCUGGGUGUGUCUUGGCCCUUGGGAACCGCAUGGAUCUGCCUGGUACAACUGUAACCGCUAUAAUGAGGAUGACGCAAAGGCAGCAAGAGAUGCCCAAGAGCGAUCUAGGGCGGCCCUGCAGAGAUACCUGUUCUACUGUAAUCGCUAUAUGAACCACAUGCAGAGUCUACGUUUCGAGCAUAAGCUGUAUGCGCAGGUGAAGCAAAAGAUGGAGGAGAUGCAGCAGCACAACAUGUCCUGGAUCGAAGUGCAGUUCCUGAAGAAAGCAGUCGAUGUCCUCUGCCAGUGUCGUGCCACACUCAUGUACACUUAUGUCUUCGCUUUCUACCUCAAAAAGAAUAACCAGUCCAUUAUCUUUGAGAAUAAUCAAGCAGAUCUAGAAAAUGCCACAGAGGUGCUUUCGGGCUACCUUGAACGAGAUAUUUCCCAAGAUUCUCUGCAAGAUAUAAAGCAGAAAGUCCAAGAUAAGUACAGAUACUGUGAGAGUCGACGAAGGGUUUUGUUACAGCAUGUGCAUGAAGGCUAUGAAAAAGAUCUGUGGGAGUACAUUGAGGACUGAGACUGGCCCUGCAUAAAAUGAACUCUGAAAACUUUACCAUCUAGAGUGCUCAUGCAAUUAAAACAAACACAAACAAGGAGGCACUAAGCCUGUUCUGACCCCGCUGGUCUGUAGUACCAGAGUUCUGUUUUGUUAACGGAAAGUUUAAGUAAAUUAUAUUGUAAUAAAAAAGGUAGAUAAACCAUUGUACAACAGUAUUCUAGGCCGCCAACAAAGUGUGACAGACACACAAAAGCCCUCCAACUUUAACUUGUAACGUAGCUUCAUUCUCAAAGCUGACUUCCUUUUUCUUUUUCCUGAGUGUAGUACAGUUAAAAUUUCAAAUAGCUCCUUGACACUGCUUUUCAUGUCCAAACCAGCCAUUUUGUUGUACUUUGGUAAAGGACCUCUUCCCCUUCCUCCCCUGCACAUACACACCUCCACACACAGUUGGAUUCACUUUCUCUCAUACCCUCAGGUCAUGAGUGAAUAAUGAUUAUUAGCUACUUGUAAAGGAAAUUCUUUGGAGGGAGAAGGGGAUAGGCAGCAAGAGGACUAAAAAAAAAAAAAAAACACAAAAACUUUGUAUAUGACUUUUAAAACAAGAGGACAACACAGUAUUUUUCAAAAUUGUAUAUAGCGCAUAUGCAUGGAUAAAGCAAGCGUGGCACGUGUUUGCAUAAUGUUUAAUUACAAAAAUAUUUAUUCUUUAAAAAGCUUCAA